CUUCCACCACUAGUGUUUGCAAACGCACGGGUCGUCCCAAAAGGCUGCGACAGAACCCUGGCGAAAGCCUGCAUUUUGUAUUCCUCUACACCUUUUAAAACAUGUCUGUGCAUGGUGUUCGAAAUUAACUGUCUAACUAUGUUUUCCCGGCACCGUUUCUACCUUGGAACUGAGGCCACGUAUAUCGCAAAUGAGAACGGGUGGGUCCGUAAUGUACAUUAGGAAAAUAACUGCUUUCUAGAGGUCCAGGUUGAGGCCUGCAUGUUAAAGAUCCCUUUCCUCCCAUCCUGAAACUCAUCGUGAUGACUGAGGAUCAACAACAACAUGAUCAGCACCCGAAGCUGGGCUCUGGAAUAAGCACCUUACCAUCCCUAGUUCCUGGACUGCAAGGGACUGAGGCCAGUGCGUUGCAGCUCAAAAUAAAGAAUUCCAUCUGUAAAUCUGUACAGUCAAAGGUGGACAAUAUUUUGCAAGAUGUGGAGACGUUUACAGACAUCGAGAAACUCUACCUCUACCUUAAGUUGCCUUCUGGUCCCAGCAACAGUGAAAAAAGGACUGAGAGAGGGUCUGCCAGUCCUGGAGAACUGUCAUGCAGUGAUCAGAGCUCCAUGUCAUCAAGCCGCACUCAACAGAUGCACGCGUUCAACUGGAUUCGCAGUCACCUAGAGGAACACCCAGAAACCUCUCUGCCCAAACAGGAGGUCUAUGAUGAGUACAAGAGCUAUUGUGACAAUCUCUGCUACCACCCACUGAGUGCGGCGGACUUUGGAAAGAUCAUGAAAAAUGUAUUUCCAAACAUGAAGGCACGUCGACUUGGCAUGAGAGGCAAAUCAAAAUACUGCUAUAGUGGACUGAGGAAGAAAGCCUUUGUCCACAUGCCAUCUUUACCCAACCUGGAGUUACAUAAAACAGGGGACGGGUGUGAGGUGCUGGAGGCCUCAGGUCAGCUGUGCAGUGCGGACGAGGAGGUGCGCUCUGCGGCCUGUGGCCUGGUGUGUGAGUGGGCCCAGAAGGUGCUGAGCCGCCAGUUUGAUGCUGUGGAGGACCUGGCUCGCUUCCUCCUCAACAGCCACUACAUCGGCACCAAAUCUGUGGCAGCCCUCACGGUCAUGACUGGUACACCAACAGGAGUUAAAACGCCACUGCCAUCCUCAGCAUUCGCACCAACAGCUGAAGCCCACUCCUUCCACUCCCAAGUGAAGACCCUGCCCUCUCCCUCCAUCGAUGCCAAGCAGCAGCUCCAGCGGAAGAUCCAGAAGAAGCAGCAGGAGCAGAUGCUGCACUCCCCCCUCCCUGGAGAGGCUCAGUCUAGGCGGGCUGACGGGGGCACGCCUGGGGUCGGCUCCAUUACCUGUAGAAGCCCAGCCCUGCUCUCCCCACAUCCCACCAUUGGCAUUAUGGUAGCUGCAGUCCCCAGCCCCAUCACGGUACAAAGGAGCAGGCAGCUGAUGUCCCCCAGUCCUGUGGGAACAUCGGAGGGCAAGAUUCUGCCUGUCAACUUCCAAGUGUUGACCCAGUCAAUGCAGCCUGUCAAGUGUCCCAAGACCCCUCAGAAUAUCCCAGCCAGCCCCGUGGGGGACCGCUCUGCCCGCCACCGCUAUGCCCAGAUCCUGCCUAAACCCUCAGCCACCAGCGCCAUCACCCUGCGCUCUCCCCCCACCCUACUCAUCACCAACAGCCCCAUCAAGACCGUGAUGCAGCCCACACCCCACAUCAGCUCUGUCAAUGUGGUCAAGAUGACUACCAUAUCCCUGGCUCCCAACUGCAGCACUACAACAACCUUAACAAACACCACCUUAAGGCCUGCCUCUGCUGGCAUGGGCAGCACUGUAUCCCUGGAGGAGAGCAGACCCAGCCCACGGGCCAGGAGUGGCUCUGCAGCCCCCAUCCUGUCCCCCUUAGCCAGGUCAGGCUGGGCCACCACCACCCCUACCAUCGACAUCAAGAUGAUUGAGGGUGAAACCAUAAGUGAAGGGAGUCCGGCCCUGGGUGCUAGCAGGCUUACUAUGACUCAGGAAGCUGCAGGGGGCCAGAGGGCUGGAGGAGCUGUACCAAGGGCUGCCAGUGUGCCCAUGCCUCACACUAAAGGCUCCCUGGGACUGGAGGCAAUGGCUGGAACCAAUUGCAAUGGCAAGUCCUCUUUGUGCAACAACACUGUGGCAGCUACAGCUGGUAGCAAUAAUGACACCAAUAACGAAAGUACUUUGUAUUUGACGGUCUCCAAUCAGAAUACCAGCACCACUCUGUCAACCAAUGGCGGCACUGUUGCCACAUCACUCAUCGCCUCCAAGAGCCCCAGGAAACGCACAGGCGUCGGCCCAGAGUCUUAUCCCACGCCUGUCAAAAGGGUCUUCAUCUCCCAGCAACCUCUUGGGGGCUCCGAUGGUUACAGACAUGGGAUUGGUGCAGGAGUGAAGAAACUCCCCAGGACAGGAACCCCGGUCAGACCUGAAAGUGCACCAGCCAUUGGUAAAGUUACUGUGAAACUGAACUCCACUGUCCCAACUCGAAUCCUGUCACUCUCUGAUUCCCCCAUCGGAACCAGAGGCUUCCAGACUGUUGUCAAGCCACAGAGCUCCGUGCAGAGAAGAGACAUUCCGAUCACCAUGGACACUAGCAGCAUCGGCAACGUUAGUGCCCCGGCUGGUCAUGCACGAAUUCAGCACCAGCAGCACAUGACGGGUAACAUGCAAGCCAUGCCCAACAGCUCUGCCCUACUGGAGCAGUCUGCUGUGAGUGACCUAAGGAACACCAUGUGGGUUGGGGGCCAGCUGGAGGGAGGUAAGCAACAGCAGCAGCAAGCCUACGCCCAGCAGAUCACAGACCACAAGCAGGCAUCCACACAGGUCAUGGAGCCCCUGGCCAUGAUGGGUCAGGCCCCAGCCUCUAGCCAGCUCUCCAUGCAGACCGACAUGGACUACUUCCAUUUCAAUGAUGACGAUAUGACCCAGGACAGCAUUGUGGAGGAGCUGGUGCAGAUGGAGGAGCAGAUGAAGCUCAACAGCAGUCUGCAGGCCUUCGGAGCUGACGUGACGCUGCAAGGCCAUCAGUCUGUAAUGCAGGGCAACAUGAUGUCCUCCAACCAGACAAUGACCCCUUACUACCAAUCAGUACACAGCAGCACCACCCCUGUCCAAACUCCCACCCCUACCCCAACUCCCACAUCCACCUCUGAGAUGAUGGGAGGAGGCCAGGGCCUGACUAGGGAGAGCCCCUGCUCCCACAUGGCCCCCACCACCCCAGUGGACAGUGCCCUGGGGAGCAGCCGACACACCCCCAUCGGCACUCCACACUCCAACUGCAGCGGCAGCGUGCCCCCCAGCCCUGUGGAGUGCAGGAACCCCUUUGCCUUCACUCCCAUUAACUCCAGCAUUACAUGCUACCACGACGGCAGCAUUGUCUCCAGCAGCCCCGUCAAGCCCAUGCAGAGGCCCAUGGCUACUCACCCAGACAAGGCCAAACUGGAGUGGAUGAACAAUGGUUACAACAAAAGCGGGGGGAACUCCAUCAACGGCAUCAGUAUCCUCCCCAGCUAUCAGGACCUGGUCGACGACCACUUCCGAAAGCCCCAUGCCUUCGCCAUCCCUGGCCAGUCCUAUCAGUCUCAGACGAGGCACCACGACGGACACUACGGCCGCCUGACACCCAUCUCUCCGGUGCAGCAGCAGGCAGCCAGUAUGGCCAACCUGAACAAGCAGGAGAGCUUUGCUGUGCCCGCCCCUCUGGACAACAAGACCACCAGUACAUCUUCAGCAGGCGGGACCUUCCGCUGUCGUAGUGUAAGCCCUGCCGUGCGCCAGCGAAACCUGAGUGGCAACCAGAGUGGCAACAUCCCCCGAACAGUGGUGUCCCCCUUCACCUCCCCCGUGACCCCCGAGAUGAUCAACAUCUUCGCCAACAGCCAUGGGGAUGUCAGCAGCAUGGCACAGAGGAGCCAGUCUGUGCCUGUUAACGUGAUGAUGCAGACGGAGGUGCCGCCCAUGCAGGGCCAGACCAACAGCAAAAAUAUCACCAACGUGCUCCUGAGCAAGAUGGACGGGGACAGUGACGACGCGGUGCGGGGCCUGGGUAUCAACAACCUUCCGUCCAACUACACAGCCCGCAUGAACCUCACCCACAUCUUAGAGACCACUCCCAGCUUCCCCAGAAGUGCCAACCAUCAGACUCUGAUGAAUUCCAACACUCAGAAUGCGUACGAGUUUCAGAAGCCUGGUUACCUCAUGAAGAACUCUAGGAACGAACAGAUGAUUCUCUCAGCAGGUGACAGCCAAACACAAUCAGCUACUGGAGAACAGCAGCAUCAGCAGAGCCAGCCUAUGCUGCUGGCCCAGAACCUUCAGCAGCAACAACAACAGCUGCAGCUAGAUUUCAGCACCACCGUUAAAGACCUCUUAGCGGACGGGAGCCGUACUCCUGGCAAUCAGCUUGUGGGACAGGUGUCAGAACUCAACCCUGUGGGGUCUGAUUUUCGACUGACCUCUGAUCUUUCCAGUAGCAUCAAUGACCUGAACAAUUUGGACACAAACCUUCUGUUUGACCCCAAUCAGCAGCAGGGACAAUAUGAAGACUCUACACUGGAGGAACUGAAGAAUGAUCCGCUGUUCCAGCAGAUUUGCAGCGAGACUGCGAAUUCCAAUGGAUUUGAUUGGCUGGAAAGUAAAGACCAGCCCACAGUUGGGUUAAUGGGUUAAUAUGGGCUCUGCUUUUAUUUCAUGAAGGUGAAAUGGUUUGUUUAUACCUAUUGUUUUGUAAAAAUCUUCUUUGUAAUUAUUCACAUUGACAUUGUAUAGCACACUGCAACACUCGGGAUACAAUGACUUUUGUCCAGUCUAAGUGCCAGGCUGAACAGAAAUGAUCACACUUACAAAUAUGCUGGUUUUCUCUCACAGCUCAUCGCUGGUGCUGACUCAUCCAUUUCUCCCUCUUCAGACAUCAUAGUUAUUCAAGACCAUUUAAAUCAAGACAGUAGAAUAACAAGUAUUUUUACAUUUUCAGAAGGACAGGAUAUAAAGAGGGAGAUGUUUGGUAAUCUUUAAGAGAUCUCUAUCUGUAGACUAUCAUUUUGGAUAAUGUUUUUGUUCAGGAGCUGUUGACUAAAACAAGAGGUUUGGCAAAUAAUUGGCAACUGUUCCUCCCUCUGUAAAUUGUUUUACUUCCAUUGAGGUAGAUCCUGAAGAUAGACUUUAUCAGACAAAUCAUUUGGAAUUGCUUUAGAAGCAUACUGUUGUGCAAGAACGGUAAAUGGGUUGUAUGCUCACCUAAUAUGCCCCUGUACCUCUCAAUGAAGAGUUGAGAUACCUCGAGAGGGCAUUUGCAGUAGCAUGCACUGGUACUAAUGUUUCAGGUGCAAGACAAAUAUACCAAAAUCAAUCGAUGGUUAAAAAAAAUCCCCCAUAAUCUGUAAAUAAAAAUGUUUCGUUGGUCUACUUAAAGAACCAUGUUUUAUAUAUUUCCACACUGGUUGGAAUAAUACUGUGAAAAUGAUAAUGCCCUUUUAGUGUAGGAGCUGUUUGAAAAGAACACGUAAAAUUUCAGCCUGUGUAGGUGAGAUGGAGUUUUGGCCUGCAUGGUGACAUCACCUGGCAGUAUAUGUAUUUAAUAGACCAAAAAGAAAGAGUUCCAAACCUUCUGCCAAUAACAGCUAGUUUUUAGGUUUCCCCUCCCUACUCAGUCCUAGCAAAAUUCUUGCUUGAGAAUUUGUUCUUUGCUAAGAACCUAUUUUUAUUACUUUUUGCCCAUUUCUUUCAAUUAAAUCACAAUAAGGUACUUCAUUUUUACCCAGAAAUAAAUGAUUUGAUAUUGAGAUAAAAAAAACGCUGUGUUCGAUCUUUAACAUACAUGGUUUGCAAUGAUAUUGAGGCAAACUAAUUCCAUUCUCUCAGAAUUUGGAUUUUUACAAGUAGGAAAACGGCAGCUGUUUGAAAAAGAAUCUGUGUGACUACAGAAUAUUAUUCAAACUAUAGAUUUAAAGGUCAAGAUAUACUGUCUGUAUACUAAACUUGUCAGAAGAUGUCUGAUUGUCCGUUUUGCUGAAAUGUUAUGCAAACUUUACAAAUAAGAUAUUGACCACUCAAAUUGCAGUGUGCAUGGUACAAAAAAUGUAGGCUAUUAAAUCGAGAUUUGAAUGUACUAUGUCUUUUCACCUUUUCAAAUUUCCCCUCAUGUCCCAGUAGUUAAUGCACUUUGGGUACAUUGAAACUGAGCGCAGGUAGCUGAAGAACAACAGAUGGUAUCUGUUAAUAUUGUCAUUUUGUAGGCUUGCUUCACCCACAUUUUGCCCUGAAAGCUGACAUUAUUACUGUAGUUGAGCUCCCCUGUCCUUCGUGUCGAAAGGAUUGCUUUGUUUAGAAUCGUAUAUGUUUAUAAAAAUUAAAACAAUCAUAAUAAAGACCUGUAAUGGGGAUAGCUUGCACUUUAGUGACUGCAGAACUAAAGGAAAUGGGCUUUAAGAUGGAGCUCAAAGAACAGUUAAAUAUUGUAUUUAAACCGUAUAAUGCAGAAGAUGACCCUUUUCACCUCUGUCAAGUUUUUUAAGACUUGUGUAGGGCACUAGUGGGGAGUUUUAUUUACGUUCUUUGUGACUAUUUGGCGGGUAUCAUUUUAAUUAACAGAAAUAUAUUGAUUUAAGUAAGGAAGUGGAGGAAUAUAUGAAUAGGAAUUUAACCUUAUAACACCCCUAUACCAAAGUGUAUUGACUGGAGAUGACCCUGCCCUGUUUCAGUCGUGUAUCUAUUUGGGGGAAAAUGACUAUUCAUUCUGGUUCUGAUUUAUUUUAACACUAUGCAUUUUUUACUUAUCAAAGCGGCUGCUACUGUCAAAGUAGGUUACUGCAGGUUUAUGUAAAUGUGUGUCGUUUUUCCCUUAAAAAAAAUUGUUUCAUGUUACAUACAUUCAGUAAAAAAUGUGAUGGAUAUGAAGUAAUUCAGAUUAAAUUAAAGUUAAUUUAGUUUAAUAUUAUGCCAUUAGAUAUUCAUGUUACAUACAUUCAGUAAAAAAUGUGAUGGAUAUGAAGUAAUUCAGAUUAAAUUAAAGUUAAGUUAGUUUAAUAUUAUGCCAUUAGAUAUUCAAAGUCCUUCCUAUAAAAAGGCACAAAAGUGCAUAUUUUACCGUCAUACAUCGAAAGCUAUUCCCCUUACAUUAGUCUAGAUCCAGUAGAAAAUACAGUAUUAUGGAAUACUGUAAUACAGAAUUACAUAAACAUUUGUAUAAAUUGUCAUUUUCUUCCCCUUGAAUAAUGUUCAUGUUGAGUUCAUUAAUGCACUGCAUUUUAUUCGAACAGUGAAGGGACGUGUUUCACCUGGAAACAAAAAAAAAGGCAUUUCUUGGUAAAGUAUGGGUCAUCUAUUACAGGUUUGAAUAGCUUAUAGUAUAGUGAAGAACAGUGUGUGAAUAAGGCAUGCAAAUCAUAAAGGGAAUAGCUAAUUGGCCAGAUCCUGUGGUUUUUAUGAGCUUUUAAUCUUCUGAGCCUUAUAUCCAUACCAAAGAGUAACUAAUGAGAAAAAAAGCAUUAAAUAGGAUUUUUUUUAGAAGAACCCACAAAUAACCCAGUCAUUUGCCUAUUUGCCUGACAUCAGUCAAAUACCUUUAUAUGGCCAUUUGGAAUUGUCCUUCUUUCAGGUGGGAUGGUUGAAAAUGAUUUGAGGAAAUUGUGAAACUGGCAACUGAUCUGUAGCACUGGAAAACAUGCUGAAAACCACACUACUGUUCUGGUUUAUAAAAACCGAUGUAGCAGGACAAUAUUGGGGUUAAUUCAGUUGACUGUUGUAAGUGUGUUCCUCUCAUUUUGAAUCCCACAGUUUGUACAUAUGAAAGCUCUGACACUGUAUUGUUAUAACUUAAACUGGUUCUGUGCACCUGCACCCUCUGAAAUGCUAUAUUGGUGAUUUUAGAUCAGCAGCCAGCUAAACUGUGCUUGUGUGUUUGGCCGCUGGCGCCCUGCCCUUUCUUGUACAGAUAAUGCUGUGUUUGUUUUUUUCUUAGCUUGGUGUUUUUUUGUUUGCUUCCUGAGAUUUAUAUUGGUCACCUUUUUACAGAAGACGUCUGCUUCGAGUGAGAAAAUAGCAUGGGUAUUUAAAUUUUAAGUAUUAGAUAUUACCAGGUUGCAUAACUGUCUUUCUCUGACAGAUUUUGUGCCCAGAACAUUGCAAUGGACAUCAGAAUGUCAUGGUUAAAAUUUCAACAAGCUUUGAAGGUUCAUGUUAUUGCACUAAACAUUUAAUGAACCAAGGCAUUGGCACCUCUUUUAGGACAAAUGCAUUAAUUGAAGCCACCCAAAUAUUUUUUUAAAGAGCUUAACUAAGUGAAAAAAUAAUUGAAAUGUCAAUCAAAAAAAUAUGAGAACGCUAAUUGUCUUGUGUAGCAAUGUACCUUAAUCUCAAUGAGAUACUUUUUUUUUUUACCUUCAUUCUCAUGAGAAUAUGAAACUCCAUUUAAAGAAACAUUUAAACAGAAAUAUCGUCAAAUAAAUCAUUCACCAUGUUAAUAAAUGAUAUGUGUGCAUGUUUGUAGAAUUCUAUUGUACAGAGUAUUUGUAACCACUUUGCUGUAAUUCAGGAUUGGUCCUGUCAAUCGGAACAGAAAGGUAUAGCGACUCACAAGUUACUUGCAUUGUUUGAUGUUUACUAAUUCAGAUUAAUAUUUGUUCUGUAUGUUCAGGUUUUGAAUCCGUUCUGUUUAUUUAGAUGUUUUUACUUUUUUUAUGUAACUCUGUGAAGAUUUAUUUUUUCUCUCCAGAAACCAUUGAAAAUAAGCACUGAUGUUUGUACUUAAAUGAAGACAAACCCUGUCUGUUCUUUAAGUGCACAGGGGCAGCUGAGUCCUGUACUUUUCACAGACCUGGUAUAAAGUCCCUUUAACCCUUGUUGUUGUCUAGUGUACAGCAGACCGUAGAGUAAUUUGAUAAAGUUGCUUUAGCGUUUCAGCAAAGUUUCUUCUGUCUUUUUUUAAUUGAAUGUGCUCAAGGAUGUUGAGAUUUUUUUAAGGAUUUUUAAAACCAAUAAAGUUUUUUUUUAAGUACUUGAA